GUGUCCAAUUUCAGACAAAUCCAGCUGGUACAGAGAAGACAAUAUGUACCAAUUCAUAUACUCACCUGUCAAGUGACUGUCUAACAACUAAUUGACCAUUGCGGCAUGCAUAGUCAUCGCAGUACCGUAGCCUUAGGCUUUGGAAAAUAUAUUCAGCAUAUAGAACCAGAACAAUGUCUGAAGGUUCACCGAUUCCGUCAGUUAGAUCUCAAAGGAAUGGGAACUGGUGUUAUUUCCAAACUUAUUCUGAAUGAAACCACAGAAGUUUUAGCAACUCUUCAGGGUUUUGCCGACGCCAAUGGUCGUUGCGAAGAAGAAAUUUGUGCUCAAAAGGCUUGGCUAACUGAACAAAACCAUUUACUUGUAAUUUUUGAGGAUUCGGUUGGAUUCUAUUACCAUCAUACCAUUCGAAUUUCUCAAAAUACAGACAUGAUGGCUCAAAUACUAAGUAAACUUUUGUAUUUGGAGAUUGCAGUAAAAAGACAAAUGGCUAAUGUCAUCUACCACUUAAUUAUGGAAAUAUGCCAUUUAAGAGAGAAGAUUUUACAAAACAGAUUAGCAAUGGCAAAACAAUCGCCCGAGCCGUUGGUAAUCUGGUCAAAGAAACAUCAGGAUAUAGCUGUUGUCGUAGACUAUCGAAAGACUUCAGAAUGCUAUCAAGAACUUCCUGUGAUCUAUCUGAACAGAUCACUAUACAAAACUGCUAUUACACAUAUCCUAGUUGAACAUGGAACCAAAGUAGAAUGUCAACCACUACUUCCAGUGAAUUUCAAGUUGGAAAAUAACUGGUUCAAAGUAACACCUGACCUAAAGCGCACCAUCGAAGCUUUAGAAUUAGAUGCCAAUGACGAAGAAGACAAACUAUUAAUGCCAAGUAUUUCCAUCUCUCCUAUCAGUUCCAAUGGAAUUUAUUCCAAGGAAGACAUGGAAAGUUUCCAGCAAACUCUCUUAUAUCCAAAUAUCAGAAAAGCAGUAACUAAUCAAGUAGCCCGAAGGAUCAUAGCCCUCGAUAACUCAGACCCUUAUUACGUGCCAAAUCUGUUUAGUGAAACCGAAUUUACAAAUAUAUAG